AUGGAUCAAGAUCAAUUUCCAAUAGACGCUAAUCCCAUUGAAGGAUUUGAGGAUAGUCUUGAAAGCCAUGUUCCACAUGAUAUUCAGCCAUCUAUUGAAGAAGGAAUGGAACAUUUGGGAGAUUUCGAUCCAGUUCCUGAUGUAGAACCUCUUUUAGAUGAAAAUGUUUUUUCUGAGGAUACACUUGAAAACAUACCUAACUUUGAAGAUAAUGUUCAUGACGAUUUGGCUGAUUUAGGUGCAGUUGAUGUUCAAGAUCUGCCAGACGUAGAUGCACAAGAAUUUCAAGAGCUCCCAGAAGUUGUAGAUGCACCAGAAUUUCAAGAGCUCCCAGAAGUUGUAGAUACAGGUGAUAUUCAAGAUCUCCCAGAAGUAGAUGCUGUUCCAGAAUUCAAUGCUGAAGACAAUGCAGGAUUAGAGGAUUUAGGUGCUGAGGGAGGAAAUCCACCUGAAGAACCAAUUUUACCACCACCUGAUUUAGAUGAAAUGUUUAGUGAAGAAUCCAUAAGAAAACUAAGAGAAGCUAUUGAAAAUUCACCAUGUUAUCAACGUAGAUUGGCUGCUUAUAAACAACAACAAGAAGCACUUGGAAAAUCAAUAGAUAUUGGUCCAUCAUCUUCUAUGAUAUCUCCAUUAUACAAAUUGCAAUUUUUCGGAAGCUACAUGAAGGGAAUGAUUCAUUUAGUUCAAAAUAACUACUUAGUUUUAUUACUUAUUGGAUUACUAAUCAUUAAUGUUGCAUUGUUUUACAGUUACUUCAAAAGUGUCUCAAGUAACAAAAAACAGUCAAAAGAAGAAAAAAUCAAAAAGGAAUUAAAAUCAAAAUCCAAGGAAAAUAACUAG